UCCCUUGUACCGAGAAGUCAAUAAUAAAUAACAUCCGUCAAAUACGGACGAAAAAAGCCAAUUGAUGUCUAAUUUUACGGAAUUCCAGAAUAAAUAGAGAUACGUCAAGUAACAAAGGAAACUCAUUAUUAUCAGGUAAAAUGGCCGACAUACCAGAUGAUGUGAGUGUUGAAUCAGAAGCCAGUUUUUCCAGCAAAGAUCAUCUGAAUUUUUUGAUUGACAAUGUGGCCAAGUUGCGCAUGGAGGGAGGAUACACUGAUAUAACUAUUUGUAUAGAGGAACGAAAAUUUAAUUGUCAUAAGAUAGUUCUAGCCGCUGGUUCCACAUAUUUCAAAUCCAUGUUUUCGUCUGGAAUGGCAGAGAGUCGUAAAAAUGAAGUUGAACUAAAACAGAUUGAUGCUGCGGUCUUUGAAGAUGUUCUGUUAUUUAUUUAUACCGGAAACGUCAAUAUAACCAGUUUCAUUGUACAGGAACUCUUUACCCAGGCGCAUUUAUUUCAAAUCAGUCCAUUAGUUGAGCUGUGCGUCCAAUUUUUUGAACAGAACAUGAACGAAGGAAAUUGCUUGGCAGCGCUAACAUUAGCUGAUCUUCAUGGACACAAAGCUCUGUAUGAAUUUUCAAAAGAGUUUGCAUGUAGUCAUUUUACAGGAAUUGUGUAUGAUGAAGAUUUUAUGAAAUUGUCCGUCGACUGUAUCAUAGAUCUGUUAAAAGAUAGGAGGCUAAAUUGUCCCUGUGAGGAUGUCGUUUUUGACGCAGCCAUAAAAUGGUUAGAAUUUGAUGCAGAUGUAAGAAAGAAGGUUAGGUUUAAGGUGUUAGAAUGUAUUAAGUAUCCACUGAUAACUGAGGGAUAUCUCAUGGAUGUAGUUGUUAAAAUGGGACACCUGUCAGAAGAAGAUAAAGGUAAAGAACUCCUGGAUGAUGCUAUUAUGUUUCACUUGGUGCCUUCCAGACGAGAUCUGCUCCCUUCUUAUCAAAUCACCCCGCGCUAUUCCUUCCCUUAUUAUGAGUGUGCAGUACUACUUGGCGGAAGAGUUUUGGAUGGUUUGAGCAAUGAGGUUGAAGGUUAUAGAUCUACUUUAAAUGAUUUUGUAUCACUGAAGACACUACCGUUUAAGAAAAGAAACGAAUUUGCUGCCUGCAACAUGGGCAAUGAAAUAUAUGUAUCAGGUGGUUUGAGAAGUUCUGAGUUUUGGAAAUAUGAUCCUAAUUUUGAAACAUGGCUGAAAGGUGCAAAUAUGUUGCAUGCUCGAAGACGUCAUGCGAUGGCUGCUGUGGAUAACUGUAUUUAUGUUCUGGGUGGCUUUGAUGAAGAGGUCGUUUUGUCCUCCAUUGAAAAAUGGAACAAAAAGUCCAACAAAUGGGAUGAAGCAGGAUCUUUAAACACGGCGGUAGAGAAUAUGGGAUUUGUUGCUUAUGGUAAAAAGAUUUAUUUAUUUGGUGGUAAAAACAGCGACGAGUUGGUCACCAAUGUAGUCCAGUGCUUUGACACCAGUAAUGGAAUGUGCACCGUAUUACAGAGUGGACUUCCCGCUAAUGAUAUGUGUCUGAACGCGUGUGUUUUAAAUAGUCAGAUAUAUAUAGUUGGACUGGAGGGUGUGUUUAGAUACACUCCCACUACUGAAGCGUGGGAUAUACUGUCAGAUAUGAGCUACCCACGAGAUUUUGUUAGUUUGGCUGUUCUGGAUGAGAAACUGUAUGCGUUCGGUGGCCGCAGACGAGGUGCUAAGGAUAAUCUAUACUCGGAUGUGAUUGAGUACUACGACCCCCUUGGAAACCAGUGGUAUGUCACUGGGAAAUUAAACAUCAAUAUGUACUCUUAUGGUUGUGUUCGAGUGUUUCUAUGUCAAAGGGACGAACCGGAGGUGAAUCCAACUGAGAUCCAUAAAUAACUGAACAAGACCAAAGUCUAAUGAGAUCUUCUUGCUUGUUUGUCAGAUAAACUAAUCCCCGCUGCGUAAAUUAUACUUUUUAUAUUGCUUCCUACGUCAUGCAUAUUACAGAAAUAUUGACAUUUUAAAACCUUUCAUUUAAAUGAUUGAUUAUCCAUUGGAUUUAUGAUUAAAUUAUAACUGAAAAUUGAUAAUAAUCUUUUUAAUAGACAGGAUAGUGCUGGUGAUAACAAUAGAUUGUAUAGUUCUGGUGGUAACAAUCGACUGUCUAGUUCUGGUGGUAACAUUACACUGUCUAUAGACAAUAUAGUUCUGAUUAUAGCUUUUUUAACAGAAUCAUUAACGAUUUCAACUCGAUAUUUCGAUUUUACUGAUAUGCUUGCGUGGCUUAACAAAUAUACUGUUUUGGUUGGUCGUUUUGUGGAACUUUGCUUAGCUGUAAUAGUCCGUAGCGCGGUGAGAGACUCUGUUAAUAAUAGACAACAUACCUUUUCUUUGGUUACUGUAUGUGAGAUUAUAUAUUUUAUGGUGUCAUCUUGUGAAGGACUGAGAUUUAAUAUUUUAUUGUUUAUUCAUCUAGAAUUCUCUAUGGUAUACUGUGAUAUUUAAUGUAUGAAUCUAUAGAUAUAUACAUAUGUCUAUUUUUC